UAUCGGGCGCAUCAUGACGGAUAAUUUAAUGUAAAAAAAAUUCGCCGCGGAUACAGAUGCUGCACCAUCUUUUACAGUUUCAAUGUGAGCGAUAAUCGAUAAAUUCAUUAGCCACCUCUAAAGCGCUAGUUACGUGCCCCGAAAAUGCCCGUGUGUUCCUAAAUCCUCCGAGAACAGCUGAUAAAUCUCGGCAGGUUAACGAACUGGACCAUGUUCGUGUUGUUGCUCCUUGUGACAAUCACUACAGAAUUGUCCACCGGAUUUGAUUUACAUCUGAGAGGACCAACGUUUGUCAUGGAACCACCAACACGACUCGAGUUCUCCAACUCGAGCGGUGGAUGGUUGGACUGUUCGGCUUCGGGUAGUCCUCAACCUUCCAUCGACUGGCUUUCAGUUGACGGGACAUCUGUUGGUGACGUUUCGGGAAUACGGAGGGUACUUAGGAACGGCACUUUGGUAUUGCUUCCAUUUGCAGCUGCCGCUUACAGACAGGAUAUUCACAGCACGGUUUAUCGAUGCGUCGCCUCAAAUGGUGUCGGAAGGAUUAUCAGCAGAGACGUACAAGUGCGAGCAGGGAAGCGAGGAAAACUCCAAAAGACCUACAAACGACUGUGCAUCAAUCACAAAUUAAACGUCAACAGUAAAUGA